CACGGAGUGGCGCCACCAUAUUGCGGUGCCGAAAAGAAACCCAAAAACACAACCCAACCAGAACCUAUAUCGAAAUUCACGUCAAAGUGCCAAAACUGAAAUGCAAUGCUUUUGGGCAUUUGUCUUGGGCAUCAUCUGUCUCCACCUUGGAGCCGGACAUGCCGUAGAUCGAGGGCGACAGCUGCAGGUUCAGGCCGCAAUUGGUGACUUGAGCCACAUCUGUGACGGACGUCCGGAUGGCGAACUGGUGCCCCACCCGUUGGACUGCAGUGGAUACUUUGUCUGCGCGCGAGUCCCGACGCUCCACUACUGCGAUCAGGGCCUCCAGUUCCACGAGACUCGUGGAGCGUGCGAUCUGACGGAGAAUACCAACUGCAGGCAGAGUGAGCUGCUGCAGGCCAGUCACAGGCCGGCCAACGACUUUGUGGCCGACUCUUCUGAACUCAUUUGGUGGCCCCAGCGGCCGCGCCCCGUCUUCGUGGCCGUCGACGUGGCCAGUGGAUUGCCCGUAAGUCCCAUGGCGAAGUACGACCCUCAGCAUAUCGAGUGCCGCCACUUUGGCGCCUACUUUCUGCCCCAUCCAAGCAACUGCCGUCUGUACUUCAUCUGUGCCUACGGGCACCUGCACCGUCAUCAGUGCGGCCGUGGCACAUUCUGGAACUACGAGCAGUCCGAGUGCCAGCUAAGCAAUAACGCCGUCUGCUACGGACAGUCGCGGCCCGAUCGCCAGGACGCCGACGGAGGGAUAGACGAGACCAGUGGGACUACGACCAGCAGCGGGGGGGAGGUGACAAUCUGCUACAUUGUUGGCACCAGCGGUACCAGCACGGUCUUCUCAGAGCCUUCCACUACGGACGCGACAGUACCGCUCCUGGAGCCAGUACCUUCUCCGCCACGCGCCGAAGCCAGUUCCCCCCUGACAUGCCCUUCAGAGAAGCAGAGCUAUAUGUCCCAUCCCGAGGACUGUAGCAAGUAUUACAUAUGCAUUGGGGGCUUGCCGGUGCUGACGUCUUGUCCCAAGGGUCUCUACUGGGACCAGAUGUCGGGGUACUGCGACCUGGCCAAGAAUGUCAAAUGCUUCCAAGUUUGAUCAAUAAACUCGAGCCCCUAGUGCUCGAUAUUGCACUUGCUACAUACGUAAUCGUGUCUGUGCACAAAA